CAAAGCGUUUUGGGGGAAAUUUAGCUAAAAAAGGACCACUCUCUCGACAUCCGCUUGUGAGAAGAAACAUAAUCAUUUGUUGUUUUCCUACCCUGUGUCUUUGCAAAAAACGGACCGAAAGCUCUUUUUUUUUUUGUCUCUUGUACAAGGCUUAUGGAGUGACGGAUGGGCAGAGCAUGCGCAGAACGGGUUGCAGAGGGGCUGUGAAACAGCUUGCAGGAGCAGGGUGCAUGAUCUGGUUGCAGAGGAGGGCGCAAAGUCAGUUGCAGAGGAAGGGCGCAGAGUCGGUUGUAGCAAGCAGGGGGCGCAGAGGUGCAGGAUUGGGUGCAACAAGCAGGGGGCAUAGAGGGGUGCAGAAUCGGGCUGCAACAAGCAAGGGGUGCAGGAUCGGUGCAGAGCAGGGGUGCGCAGAAUUGCGGGAUCAGUGCAGCAAGUAGGGGGGGAAGACUUUCUAUUUUCCCCCUUUUUUUUUCGAUGCAACAAGCAGGGGUUGCAGAGGGGUGCAGGAUCGGGCUGCAACAAGCAAGGGGUGUAGGAUCGGUGCAGAGCAGGGGUGCUCAAAUGUGCGGGAUCGGUGCAACAAGC